AUGUCAAACGACCGGUCAACAUCUCCCAUCUCCGUACCACCCCCUUCGUCGCGCCAGCGUCGAGCAUCUCUGGCAUCCGGGAUUUCCUUUUCAGAUUAUCUUUCGAGAUCCGGGAGUCAAGGGGCUGCUGGUGCACCACCUAGCUCUAUGGCCAAUACGGUCGCUGGCAGUCAGCCGAAUCAUGGACGACGACUGUCGAUAACCACAUUGGGACUCUCUGGCUCCCCAACCCAAACGUCUCCCUUUGGGCCUCGACACAUCCGUCAUGGAAGUAUCUCUAGUUCCGUGGGAUCCAAUUCGGCAAACCCAGAGGAAGCCGUUGUGGAAGACAACGAAAAUGGACCUCCCAAUGCCACCCCUAGCUCUCCUUUCACUCGACGUCUCUCCUUUGGUGCACAGGCAUUGCGUGAUGCCCGUGGAGGAAGCAUUGGUAAUGGUAGAUAUCCCUCUUCUGCAUCUCAGGCGGCUGGAGGGCGGCGCAAUUCGUCGUUAGCCAGCCCUCCCUCUGCCCCUAGCCCCACAAAUCCAACUGUUGCAAGUACAUACAAAGCCUUUCCCCAGAACGAUAGAUCUAACCCGUCUUGGCGACAAGUAGGCGAAGGCUUUAACUGGUCUGAGGCCUUGCGGACUCGGGCCGAGCGAGCGCCGUCUUUGGGCGUUGUAUCGCCUAAUUCACCUCAAAACCAGCAUGCUGUCAAUAUGGGCAACCAGAAUCACCAUCAGAGGGCUGCUUCGAUUGCCUCAAUGGAGCAGCCAGCUCGAGAGAUGCCAAAACAGCCCAAGCAGAACAAGCCUGAUUUCUUUCAGGAAAAGAUCCUUCGGGGUGAUUUCAUGGACUAA